ACUCCUUAAAUCCGCCACUUUCAUAUGAAACUAAUCACGUGGUUUUUUACAAAUUAUUUUGAACGAAAGGAGAGUUUUCGUGAUUUGCCAUAUUGAAUUAGGGUUUGCUUUGACUGGAGCUUAUAUUAUAUUCCACAUGAUAUGCUGUAAGUGUCUAAUCGUCUUACGAUGAAUGUUUUACAAGGAAGGGAAAAGCGGAUUUAGAAUUUCCUACUGUAUAUAAAGAGUCUGACCAUGGACCCCCGGCGUAGUGCCCAGGAUGUGUUACGGUGUCAUCUCUGUGAGACCCCGGGUCCCCUUAUGUACUGUGACAUUUGUGACAUACAUCUGUGUAAAGCUUGUGUGGGGGAACAUCUUUUAGAUGAAUCGAAAGAACAUUCAGUGCUACCAUUACAAAAGCGAGGAAGUUCUAUUCGUUUCCCUAAAUGUCCAAAACAUUCCAAUAAACAGUGUGAAAUUCAAUGUGAACAAUGUGACAUUCCUAUUUGCUCUCAAUGUAUUUUCUCUGGUGAACAUGAACAACAUAAAAAAUGUGACACUUUGCAAAUUAUAGAAAAUCGAAAGGUUGUAUUAAAAAGAGAUUUACAAGACUUAGAGAAAUACAUUUAUCCUAAGUACCAAGAACUUUCAAUUCAUAAUGCAGUUCAGAAAGAUGAGUUGAUUGAAAACUCAGAGAAAUUGACAAAAAAUAUCGAUAAACAAGGAGAUAGCUGGCGCAAAGAAAUAGACACCGUUAUCCAGAAAAUGAAGUUUGAUCUUAACGAAAUGGAUUCCAAAUUCUUGGCUGUCUUAAAUGAGCAAGAAGUUGCAAUAACGCACACCCUUUCUAAAAUGACACAAAACAUUGCUGAUCUGAAGAAAUUACUAAACUCCAAUGAUGUCAGCCUUAUCACUGCCUACAAAUCCAAGAACGCUGAAUUCAGAAAUUUACCCCCUAAACUCACGGCUUCGUUACCAUGUUUCACUCCUCAUUUGAUCGACAAGGACCAUGUAUAUCGCCAGUUUGGGUCUCUGUCAGCGUUGUCUAUCACAGAAGAACAUGUCUACACAGUUGUUACUCCUGUUGACCAGCACUCCUCUCCAGACAGGACAUUCAUUGACGAACCACGUAUUAUCACAGAGAUAAACACUGAGUUUGGAGGAUAUUCUAAUGAAUUAUUCAACGUGACCCCUCAGAGUGAUCAAGAUAUUUGGAUGUGUGGUAACAGCAAAAUAAUGCGACUCUUCAAUCUUCAAGGAGAUCUGGUGGAGUCGAUCCAAACUAAGUCAGGGAACAUACCAAAUGACAUAGCAGUGACAAGGAGUGGGGAUCUAGUUUAUUCUGAUCAAAAUGAUGGAACUGUGAACAUAAUCAACAAUACACAGGUACAAGAAGUGAUCAGACUACAGGGUUGGAAACCUUUGAGUGUCUGCUGUGCAUCCUCUGAUGACCUCCUGGUUGUCAUGGUCACUGACGAUAUAAAACAGACAAAGGUUGUGUGUUACUCUGGAUUUAAUGAGAAACACAGUAUUCAAUACGAUGAUAGCGGCCAACCUCUGUACUCAUCUGAAGAACAUUAUAAUACUAAAAACAUAAGUGAAAACAGGAAUCUUGAUAUAUGCGUGUCUGACUUUGAUGCCGGUGCAAUAGUGGUAGUCAAUAUGGCUGGAAAACACCGGUUUACCUACACUGGCCCUCCCUCUACUACCAAAGAACCAUUUAAACCAGUCGGCAUCACAACAGACAGCCAGAGUCGGAUCCUGACAGCAGACCGAUACAACGACUGCAUCCACAUCCUGGAUCAGGACGGACAGUUCCUCCGCUACAUUGACAACUGUCAUUUAUGGCGGCCAUGUGGUUUAUGUGUGGACACCGGAGACAAACUCUUUGUGGCUGAAUCGAUCAGCGGAAAAGUAAAAAUAAUCCAAUAUUACUUGUAAAAAAAAAAUUGUGUAAAUGGAUAAUAAACAUUUCCUUUAUGUUUUUGAUUUAAUGAAUAAAUUUUAAAAAAAAAACUUUAUGGAAAGGGUCUUAUCUGGUUUUCGACUUGUCAAAAGUAAAUUAAAUUACUAGUAAAUGUACAUGAAAUCCAGAUGAAAGGAUAUUAAAAUAUCAUAUUUUCUUUCUUGUUUUACUAUUAUACAACUAGGCAAAGAAAAUGUAGUCAUAAUUUAGAAUCUAACAAGAACAAUGUUUUUGGCGUAAUAUUGGGGUAGGAAAAUAUCACAUGUUUUUGCAAUUCAGAAUUGCUGUAGAUUCAUGAGUUGAUUUAGCACUUUUAAAACAAUUUUAUUAAUGUUCGAUUGUUUCAAUUAAUGUAAACUAAUGAUAAGGUACUUGGGUUUCAGAAUUUUUAUGUUAUUAGAAUAUAAUUUACAUUUUUAUUGGCUUUUUAAGCGCUUAUUUUAUAAAUAGAUUUGCAUGAAACAAUCACUAAAAUUGUUUUUUCUCUCUUAUCAAAAGGUCAAUAUAUUACCUUUUCUGUCAAUUUGUAUCUUUAUAUAAAAACUUCAUAAUAUGGACAAUCAGAAAUAUUAUUAGAAGCAUUAAUAAAUAUCAAAAUAUCUUCAACAUUUAGGAAAAUUAGAGGAAAAGCGGGCUAAGCAAUAUCAAUUUUAGUUUAGUUCUUUAUUUCAAAUUAGUAGUAUAAGCAGAAAGACAUUCUGAUAUUCUAUUAUUUCAUUGAAGAAUAUGAACUUCAUAUCUUAAACAGAUGUCUACAUAACUGCAGAUAAGUACAUUCAUUUGUAUUAUCCUUUAAGUUGAAAAAGAAUGUAAUGACGUUGAUCUUUGAUGCGAAAACAACAUGGUCAAAUUUGAAUAAACUGAUAACCAAUCAUUUGGUUACAUGAUUUGUUUGACGGUUUAAAAUUCCAUGAAUUUCUUAGUUUAAGAAGUAUGUCUGAUAACGAGAAGAUUCCUACCUUAAAUGAGAUUAGUUUAAGUCAUCCGAAUGCACACAACGGUCCAAUCUCAAAUAUUUUAUCGAGUAUUACAAAAGAAUAUGGAUACUUAGAAUUCAUUGAAAUUGGCAAAAAA